GGAAGUGGAGCGGCCUCGGGCAGCGCCGAUUUCCCGGGAAUGGCCCGGGGUUCCCUGGCAGUGGCCCGGGGUUCCCUGGCAGUGGCCCCGGGUUCCCUGAGGAUGCUCCGAGCGCUGCUCGUGGCCGCGCUGGCGGCGGGGCCUUGCCUGGGGAAUUCUGUGGAGAGGAAGAUUUACAUCCCCCUGAACCACACAGCGCCCUGCGUGCGCCUGCUCAACGCCACGCACCAGAUCGGCUGCCAGUGUGAGAAUCUGGGAAUUCGGGAAUUUUGGGAAUUCCGGGAAUUCCAGGCGGUGGCUGAGGGAGCCUCGCGUGUGAGAGCCAAGGAGAGAAUUUGGGAAUCCCGGGAAUUUGGGAAUUCUGGGAAUUCUGAGGGGUGUCUGUACUCAGAGCAGCACGGAUCACAGUUUGCUCACUGCAAUGGCUCUGUCUGGAACCCCGUGGGCAGUGGAGUUUCCUACGAGGAUUUUCCCUUCCCCAUUUUCCUGCUGCAGGAUGCCAACGAGACUGAAGUCAUCAAAGAGUGUUUCCGUGCCCACAACGUUGCAGCGCGGCCGGGGGAGGCGCCGCAGUUCCCGCUCUGCGCCAUGCAGCUGCAGGCGCGCAUGCACGCGGCCACCAGCACCGUCACCUGCAUGCGGCGCAGCUCGCUGCAGAGCACCUUCAGCAUCAACCCGGAGAUUGAGUGUGACCCCCUGCGGGAUUACAACAUCUGGAGCUCCCUGCAGCCCAUCAAUGCCUCGGGGAAGGUGGAUCCUGAGCAGAGGCUGAUCCUGGCAGUGACACGGGUGAGAUCCCUCAGAAAUCCUGGGAAAAUCAUGGAAAAAUCUUGGGAAAAUCAUGGGGAAGUGCAGGAUCUCCUGGCCGUGCUCCGGGCCAGUUCCAGCUCCGGGAUUUCCCUGCAGGAGCCGGAGCAUUCCCAGCCCCUCCCCCCCUCGUCAUUCCAGAGGUUCCUGAGAUCCCGGGACAUCCCCGGGGUGGUGCUGAGCGACCACCAGGUGGAAUUCCAGAACAGGUAUUACCAGAGCAUCUACGACACGGCCGAGAACAUCGGGAUGAGUUAUCCCGAGGGACUGAGCCCCGAGGAGAGGCUGGAAUUCGUCACUGACACUGCCAAGGCGCUGACCGAGGUGGGGACGCUGCUGGCCCGGGCUCUGUUCUCACUGGCCGGGGGAAACGGCAGCACCGAGAGCAUCCAGGCAGACAGCAAAACGGUCACCCGGCUGCUCUAUGGAUUCCUGCUCAACUCCAACAAUUCCUGGUUCCAGUCCGUGAUCAAACCUGACCAGAACGGAAUCCUGGGCCCGUUUCCCCAGCACUACGUGGCCGUGUCCAGCCCCACCAACACCACGCAGCUGCUGCAGGCAGUGCUGGCCAACCUGACCGGGAGCCGGCUGAACCUGAGCCGGGAGCAGUGCCAGGAUCCCGGGAAAACCCCGGGAAUGCAGCCAGAGCUGUUCGAGUACUGGUGGGUGCAGGGUCCCCGGGCCGGGAAUUCGUCGUCGCGGCUCCCGGGCUGUGUCCGCUCCGGGGCCCGCCUGAGCCCCGCCCUGUCCCCGGCCUUCGAGCUGCGCCGCUGGGAUUCCCGGGAAUUCUCCACCUGGACCGAGAGCCGCUGGAAGGACAUCAGGGCACGGAUCUUCCUGGUGGCCAGCAGGGAGCUGGAGCUGCUGACCCUGUCCCUGGGUGUCCUGGUGCUGCUCCUGUCCCUGCUCUGCACUUUCCUCAUCAACGCCAAGGCCUCGCUGCUCUUCGGGAUCCCGGCCCCCCCCGGCCCCUCUGGAUACUGAAAAAACCCGGGAAAAACUCUGGGAAAUCUGGGUCUGGGAAAUCUGGGAUCAUCCCCUGGGUGCUGAAAAAACCCGGGAAAAACUCUGGGAA